UGUACCUUUAUGCCCUCGUGUUUGUAAACAGAUGUUCCAACCAGAUGCUUGCAUUUGUAGAUUGUUUUCUCUUUUUUGUUUGUCUUUGACAGUGCUGUCCGGCAAGGUUACCCGGUGUUUGCGUAAUCAUCGUCCGGCAAGGUUACCCGGUGUUUGUGUAAUCAUCGUCCUCCUAGAGCCCACCUCUCUCUGUCCCUUCUCUUUCUCUCUCUCUCUCUCUCUCCCUCACUCUCUCUGUAUGUGUAGGCGUUCAAGGAGUGUGCUCAGUGGAGAAGCUGGUUGCUCUCCCUUCCUUUCCCUCUCUCCCCCUCCCUUCCUCUCACUCUUUCCCUUCCUCUCAUUCUCACUCCCUCUUUCCCUCCCUCUCUUUCCCUUCCUGUAGGUGUUCUAGGUGUGUUAUGUGGAGGCUGGAUGAGACCCUGGCCUAACUGCUCUCUCUCUCUCCCUUCCUCUCACUUUCUCUACCCCCCUAUAUCUAUCUCUCUCCCUUCAUCUCACUUCCUCUCACUUUCUCUACCCCCCCUCUCUCUCUCUCUCCAUCUCUCUCCCUUCCUCUCCUUCUCUCUGCCUCCCUCUGUCUCUCUCUCCCCUGCUGUAGGCGUUCCAGGUGAGCUCCGUGGAGGAGCUGGAUGAGAGCCUGGCCGGCUGCCUGAUGCAGAAGAUGCCCACAGGAGGCUUCAGGGAGCUGCAGUGGGACCAGGGACCUGAAGUGGGAGCCUGCUGCUCCUCCAGGGAGGACAUCCCCAGCCUGCUGCACUUCGUGGCCCAGCACGGGCUGCGUGACGUGGGCAGCGUGCUGCUGCAGUGCCCCGGGGCCAAGAGGGCGCUCCGCACGCCGGACCGCCACGGACAGACACCGCUGGAGCUCGCCCACGCACACGGACACACACAGCUGCACAUACUACUGAAGGGGGCGCUGAACAUCCAGAACAGAGAGGAAGGUGAAGACUCCAGUGUGUAUGAAAUGAUGAGCACUGCAGGUAAGCCCAAGCCCAGCCGACCUGAGGACCCACAGCAAGCAGGUAGGGAUGAGGAAGAGGAGGAUGAUGAAGAGGAAGACCCAUACGCACCUCUGGGUGUGAACGACGAAGAGUACGACACCAUCCUGAGCUCCAGCAACUCUGUGGUCAUCGCCAACCGCCCCCCAGCACCUACCCCUCGCCCUGAAACCAUCCCCAACAAAGAGGAUAGGACUCCCUUCAUAGCGCAAGUGUUCCAGAAGAAAAUGUCCCAGCCAGACACAGGAACACUCUACUCCCUCCCGCUGAAACAAGUGCGCGAGCGGGAAAGCAUCUCCUCCACCUACGACACGUUCGUGCCCAGUCAGGGCGCCCCCGGCCUGGACGCGCUCAUCUCGCUACAGCAGCAGGUCAAACUGGGCACGCUCAGUGUGGACGCGGCUCUGGACAAGUUCAGCCAAUGGCAGCGCCUGCAGAAGGGGGUAGACUCCAUUCAACAGGAGAAACUGCGUCAGCUGAGAGCCAGCAUCACAAACAACAGAGAGGACGACGAAGGCGUCUAUGAUAAAAUCAACAUCAUACAUCACACACCAAAUGUAGCAGUGAAGGACUGCAGAAGAGGAAGCCAGCCCGUGGAGAGCGACUUCUACAGCAAGCCGCUGAAAGGACAACAAUCCAAUUUGUUCUGGAAGGCUGACAAACGGUGAAGGCUCACUGACGUUUUGCCACCUUCUCUGAGGAGACCUAAAGCAGAACCACGUUGCUCGACACACUUCGAGGGAAGAUGCUCUGACAUUUUCGUCACAAUUCUGGUUUUACUAUUAAAUCUUUGCCAAAGAAUCCUAAUUUAAGCAUGCAUAAUUUAACACAUAAUUUAAAAUAGCAAUGUAAUCUUGCGAAGUAAUUUAUUUUUGCCUGAAAUGUUAACCUUCAGAGAGGAAAGACGUAUCCAUACUGUUUGCAAUAUGUAGUGACCCAGUCUAUGCAUCGUCAUGUGAAAUCAUUCUUUGAUGUAAAUAAUCAUAACUGUUUUUAUUUUAAACUCAAGAAAAUGUGAAAUUAUAAAUAGAGACAGCAUAUAUGUGUUAUUAGGAAUGAACUGUUCUUUAGAAAUUAAUGAAAAUCAUUUUUUGAGAAUCAUUUUCCCCCUAUUUUAGCAGCUGAUAAAAAGCUUAAAUGCCUUGAGUAAUCUGAGUUUUCCUAAUCUAUCUUGCAGCUGUCUUGUUGACAACAAAUCCCCUCACAAAAGAAUAAACAUUGCACCUAAAUCUUCCUUUUAAUCCCCAUUACAAUACUUACACGAGAACAACAAACACUGACUAUCAGAGGCAAAGGAAAUCAUAGCUGCCUUGACAAAAAUCCAUAACACAUAUAAGACCCACUACAGAGGACAUGUACAAAAAAGAUCAAACACAUUC